CGUGGCCCAAUCGGCUGCCAGAAUGAGGCUUGAUUGACGCGGGCAUUGCCCUAUCGCUAGUGGAAUUUCAGCGCGAGGGGAUGGGCCAGGCUAGUCCCGCCUCCCACCUCUGAACCUGGGGGUGGGACGGAAGGAGGCAGCCGGCCUAGCCAGGGGGGAGUGAGGCAGACAAGACGACACAUCCUGCAAUCAAAUGUUUCCUACUUCAUCUGACAGUCCAGGUCACUGCAUGGCUGUUGGGCACUGUGUUCUGGGGAGGCAUAGUUUCCUGUGAGCAUCCUGCAUGUGAUGGCAAGGUGGUGUCUGGCCCGGACUGUUACUGUGGUGUCUCUCACUGUAACUCUGUCUGCUGUUGCUGUCAGGUACCCUAGCUGCCGACUCCCCCACCCUCUCCUCCAUCCAUUCAGAGAGCUGGCCUACAGCUCAGUUCCAGUUCAUUGGUUUCAUCUUUACCCUGUCAGCAUGCUGAACUGUUACAAUCCAAAUGAAAAUGUCCACAACAAAGCCCACACGUCCCCAUAUCCAGGGUCAAAGGUUGAGCGCAGCAAAAUACCUACUGAUAAAGUGGGCUGGCUAGUUGAGUGGGAGGAUUACAAGCCUGUGGAAUACACUGCAGCCUGUGUCUUGACUGGACCCACGUGGGCAGAUCCACAGAUCAGUGCCAAAAACUUUUCUCCAAAAUUCAAUGAGAAGGAUGGACAGGUGGAGAGGAGGAGUCUGAGUGGCUUGUAUGAAGUUGAAAAUGGGAGGCCCAGAAAUCCGUCUGGCAGGACGGGAUUGGUGGGUCGAGGAUUAUUAGGGCGCUGGGGACCAAACCAUGCUGCAGAUCCGAUAAUAACUAGGUGGAAGAGAGAUAGCAGUGGCAAUAAAAUAGCUCACCCAAUCUCUGGCAAGAACAUUUUACAGUUUGUGGCAAUCAAGAGGAAAGACUGUGGGGAAUGGGCCAUCCCAGGGGGUAUGGUAGAUCCAGGAGAGAAGAUUAGUGCCACACUGAAACGAGAAUUUAGUGAAGAGGCCUUAAACUCCUUACAGAAAUCCAGAGCAGAGAAGGAAGAGAUGGAGACGCAAAUGAACAGACUCUUCAACCAGGAACAUUUUGUGGUGUAUAAGGGAUAUGUGGAUGAUCCUCGUAAUACAGACAAUGCCUGGAUAGAGACAGAAGCUGUGAACUACCAUGACGAACCUGGUGAGACAAUGGAUAACUUGCUUCUGGAAGCAGGAGAUGAUGCUGGGAAAGUGAAAUGGGUUGACAUCAGUGAGAAACUCAAGCUAUAUGCGAAUCAUGGUGACUUCAUCAAACUUGUAGCUGAGAAAUGGGGAGCACACUGGAAUGAAGACCCUGUUCCUGACUGCCAUAAAUGAUGCUUCUGCAAUCCAAAUAUAAACUGAAAACUGAUAUCCUCCAUAGACCAUCCCUGAUUGACUGAUGAGUAUCGUGUCUGGCUAAUUGAAUAUCUCUAAUAAUGCUAACCCUGAUAAUGCUGCAUUUGGUUUCUGACACUCUCUCAAUGUUGAGUUGCAGUAUUCUCAGGAACAGCCUGAUGGCCCCAACAUUGGGGAGCGAAAUUGUAUCAAGAAUGUCUGCUUGCAAAUGACUGAGAUUCAGCUCUAGAAAGGACUUUGAAUGUGGUCUGCUGAUAGGACACACGGCUACAUUCAACCAUGAACAUCAUAACUGAGACAUUUUGACCAGCCCAGUACCAUGGUUCCCCAUGUUACGCAACAUCACUCCUCCACACAUCCAUUGUGAGGAUGCUAUAGUCAGAAUGCCCUGAUCUUCUCAGCCAAACCUGAGCCUACCAAUAUACACAGACCUCUUUGACCACCCAACAGUAUGUUUGUUGUCAAGGCAUCUGUUGUGGGCCCACUUGUUCUGUCCAGAUUUCUCUGUGGUGUCGAUGUGGUGCAGAAUGGUCUGCAGCUGAUGUCAGUAAUCAUUCUCUUAUAACUGGCCCAACCAUGUGUGUACCCAGCCUAGAUUUGCCACACUUGCUCAUGUGUCCUUCUGAACCAAUUUCAAAUGGGCCAGGGUAAAUAUGCAGCCUGCCUUCACGUCAGGGGCCAACCAAAGGAUCCCAUGUGCAGCUGUGGCCAAAGACAGACAACGUCACAUGUCACUGACGGCUGCCCUCUGACUAGACCUGAUGGUAGUUUGAGAGGACUGAACUUUGCUGCCGCUGCCAUAAAUUCACUUGGCAAACUCCACUUUUGAUAAGAAUACUUGCAUCCCUCUCCCCCACUUUAGUAGUGUGUUCCGAUGUUUAGCUGUUCUUAUGUAUGAUGUUCUUCCAGUGUUUAGCUUGAGUUGUCCUUGCUUUAGCUUAAGUCUACCUUAUUUCUCUCCACUUACUCUAGUAAUAGUCUGCAACACAUGAAGGGUUGGUAGGUCUCCUGCCACCCUCCCUCUUUAUAUUUGAUAAGUCGAGCUCUUUACCUUUCCUUACAGACCUUGCUUUACACUGUCUUCAAAUUCUAAAAUGUGACACCCAAAAGUGAAUUCAGCAUUUUAUGGCUGUUGUGUUGAAUAGUUAGAAUAACUCUGUUUUACAGGAGGUGCACCCCUUUAAUAUAGCUCUUGUCUUUUCUGUGACUGUCUGCUACAUAACUGCAAAUAAGCUCUUCAAAAUCAAACAAUGCUGAAACUUCAAACUGUAUCAAAGUGUAGCUGCUGCGCAUGCCAGCACAAUGUGUAUUAUCAGAGUUGUUGACUGUGUUUGGUGGCUGAGGCUUUUGUGUGGAUUUCUUGCCCCUCCCUUCUGCCCCCCCCCAACAAAUUGUAUGGGCAGGAGGAUAUUGUCAAUAUGAAUAGAAAAUUCCAUUGCCUACUAUAUUCUCGUGCAGUUCAUUACUAUCUCAACUUCACUGAUAAUAUCUGAGAGUGAUACGGCAAACAUGUUCACCUCAAGAGGUCAGUUGAGGGAAGUCAGAUAAUGUAAGGCUUAUUUUUCAGUGCUCUCCUCUCAGGAAUCAGGGCCUGGAACAGAGCCAGUGUCUGGACAACCUAAUGAUCACAGCCUGUCGUAGGCUGACUGAUUGGCUACACUGCCUCAUUAGUGGGAAGAGUCUGGCCAAAGCGUUUGCCCUUGGCUGCAAUAGCUCCUGUGCCUGCUUGUUCCUAGCCUUGCUCCUACCUUGUUGCCCUGGACCCAGCCUUGCUAUGAUAUUGUUGGCUCCUUCACAGGAAAAUGGGUACGUGCUAUUAAAGGCAAUUGAGUUUCUCCAAAUCCACAGUUGACUGGAACACCUACAAGCUUUUACCAUCGCCUACCAUGUGUGUGUCUCCCAAAGACUCUUCACCUUUAACUUCAUACAAACAGUUUAAGCUGCUAUUUCUUAAGUUUCCCAAUGUCUCCUAAUAUGACCGGUCUUUUGAAAGUCAUUUACUUAAUGCUCACUCUUUCUUAAAACACUAGGGCAAAAUCCUGCCAAUUGCAAGCGUGGUUAUCCAGUCCUCACUGUGCUACAAAAACAUAUGGAAGGGAUGGGUAGUUAUAUGCUGUAAAAAGCUUAAGGAGCGGAUAGUAUAAUUCAGUGUUCAUUAGGAGUUACUCUCAUCCCUCAAUUGUCAUUGGUUGUAAGGGACUGGGAGCCACAGGAAAGCACGUGAGGAGUAUUUAGGAAUGCAGUUAAUUUGUGACACUGGUGGAGGUUUGUGAAGUUUGCCCACCUGUUCACUCCAGUCUGCAAAAUGACUAAUUGAAUAGUUGCAGUCUAAAAUAUGAGGAGAAAUAAUGUAUAUUCCUUACAAACUCUAUUGUUUACAGAUUUUUAAGCACGGCUCUGGUUUUUUAUUUUUGUUUUUUUUACUUGAGUUGCUUCUGCCAUUACACAGGAUUAAUAUUUUGGAAUAGGGUCCCAUUAACUUUGAUACCGUCACAACUAAGAAUGGACCUUCAUGUUGAUCAACUGAUUUGAAAGAUAUACAGUACUUUACACUGUAUCUUUUUACCAGUCCCAAGAUAGGGAAUGUGGACUCUCCCUCUUUUUUUAAAUUAUUAUUAUUGGUGAUGAAGAGGAAAUAGUGGUACAUUUGUUGCAA